GUGGAGCAGAGUUGCUGUUGUCGUGCUUUCUUUGCGUUUACUCCGAAAAGUUUGAAAAUAUGGUGCAGCAAAUCUCCAAGUCUAGAGCGAGUGAGACUCCUCUGCUGAAAGCUGGCCAUCCUCCGGCAGUGAAGGCUGGAGGUAAACGGAUGGCCAAGAAAAGCUUCGACGACAGUGGCAGCCAUGGGAUUCCAGACAAGGAGACCAAGAGGACUGAUAAACCAAGCAGGUCCCUCACCACCUCCAACAGGAUGCAACCAGUUAGUAUUCUUCUGUCAGGAACUCUUGACAAGCUCAGCCAUAACUUUCCAGAGACUCCAGUCAGCAUGAGGCACAGCAAGGUGCGCCCUGCUUUGGAAAAGUCCUACUCCCCCCGGAACUUUGUCAUCCAGCAGCCGCAGAAGUUUUGAACAACAUGUGUUUAAUAAAAUCCCAGAGGGAACCAUGCAAAGUCAACCGUGAAAGGCAAACAUGAAGCGCUAGACACGCGCGGGGACUGACUGGUUGUCCGUAAAGUGUCAGUGUUUAUGAAGGGAGAGCUUUCGUUGGGCUCUGUUUAUACUUUCUAGGCUGCGCUUGUUUAUAAGAAUACUUUAAAGUGGCAUUGAAUCUGUAUUUUCAAGUGUUGUGAGAAAAAAGUCCUAGCUGAUGAAAACCAGAUGGUGUUUUGGUAUGUUUAUUAAUAUGAGGGUUGGGGGUUGUAAAGUGAGGUUUUUUGAUAGCUUUUCCAGUGAAAUCUUCUCAAUGUAUUGCUUGUCUCUUAGAUUUGAUAAAAACGUAUCUAAAAAUAAAUUGUAUGGCCGUA